AUGGCGCCUCCGUCUCCCCAGCCGCGAGUGCGCGUGCUCGAACGCAUCCGCGUCGAGCCGCAGCCAUCUGGUUCUGAGCAAGAAGAGCCUGCGCCCCCUCUCACCUUCUUCGACGUUGCUUGGCUCUUCACCGGCCCCGUCGAGCGCCUCUUCUUCUUCCGCCACCCGGAGCCGGCCUCCACGCUCCCGCUCCUCCGCUCCUCGCUCUCCCUCGCGCUCCGCCGCUUCUACCCGCUCGCCGGCACAAUCAAGCCCCACCCGCCCUUCCUCUGCUCGUACACCCAUGGUACCAAUGCCCUCGCCCCUCCCCCUCCUCCGUUCCCCCGACACCUCCGCCGCCGCAGCAGGAGCAGAAGACGCCGAUGGUGA